UUUGCUUUUUUGACAUGUACAUUUCGAAGUAAUUGGCAACUUUGCUCCAAUGUGUUUGACAAUUCAUGUAAACAAAUAAAAAAAUCGUUACAACCGGGAAACAUUUAUGGCCCUUUUAUGUAUGGCGACUGGUGUCUAGUUGCCGGUCUAGUAGCCGUGGCUACCAGUAUCGUACUUUGUAUUACGUAUAGCGAUUAAUCUCAGUAUACAGAAAAACGCAGAAAACAUCCCUGAGUUUGCUUUUUUGACAUGUACAUUUGAAGUAAUUGGCAACUUUGCUCCAAUGUGUUUGACAAUUUAUGUAAACAAAUAAAAAAAUCGUCACAACCGGGAAACAUUUAUAUUUAUAAAAAUAAAGAAAGCAGAAAGAUCAGCAGCUAUGAGUUUUUUUUUCGCAAUUCGGGAAGAGUGUGCAAACGUUGCUCUAAUACGGCGUCACAUAAGGGAUCGCUCCAAUCCUUUGGAUCUACCAGUUGUUAAGUUCGUAAGCAAUUUUCGGAUAUCAAAGGAAGCAUUUGUAUAUUUGUUGGAGGAACUAUCCCCUCAUUUCAAAAGCAGCUUUCGAUCAACUGCGGUACCUCCAAUUCUUAAACUCUGCGCAGUGCUCCGUUUCUUUGCGGAAGGGAGUUAUCAAAAAUGCCAAGGGAAUGAUUUCAAUAUUGGCAUCUCCCAACCCACUAUGUCAGUAAUACUAACUGAAGUUACUUCUUUAAUCGAGCAGAAGAUUUGUCCCAAGCACAUCAAAUUUGACACUUGCGAAGAAGAGCAGAAUAAAAGCAAAACAAAUUUUUACAAUAAGAGUGGAUUUCCAGGUGUGUUGGGUUGUGUGGAUGGCACUCAUGUGCACAUUUUAUCACCUGAAAAGGAACUGCAACACCUGUACAUAAACAGAAAAGGAUUUUUCAGUAUAAACGCGUUAAUGGUUUGCGAUUUCAAUAUGAACAUAACGUAUGUCGAUGCCAGAUAUCCAGGAGCCACACAUGAUGCCUUCAUAUGGAAUAAUGGUAGACUCAAGGAAAUUAUGUCGAAUAACGCAGGAGAAAACACAUGGCUUUUAGGUGAUAUUUUGAAGCACAACCUGUAGGAAGAUUCUGUAACCAGUUAGCAACAAUUUUCGGAUCGAUAUAGCAAGUUGCCGACGUGUGAUGAAUGUCGAAGUGUUGCUGCGAUAGCAACAAGUGAAUUGCAGAACCUGCCUGAUUGAAUCUUUAAAAUUACAUAUUGUUUAAUUGGUAUUCGUUAAGUUGAAUUUUCUUUCGUUUAAGUUCCGCCUCUAAAUUCAUAUUUUCUUUUAAUAGUU